GAGAUAAGUCGGAUGAUUAUAAACGUUUUCCCAUUUUUUUACCGAAUUUUCUCAUGCACAUAGUAUUUUGUAGCAACCAAACAGGCCCAUAGCCCUCGCGAUAUUUUGCUGGCCCAGUAACAGUCCUGGACUUGCUCCGGGCCACAACCGGGUUUUUUCGCCUCUGUUGACCACAUUGCUUUCUUUCUUUUCUUUUCAAAAACUGGGUUCACAUUUCCAUGGCUCAUCCAUCCAUCCCGCCACGUUCUCGUCGUCGCCUCACAAAGCUGUCCCCGAUCUCACGCGCUAACCCUAAACAAAGCCGCCACGCCGACGCCGACAGACACCCACGUCCGUAGAGGCGCGCACAUCGCCUCGGUCGUCUCCCUCCUCUCCGGCCGGCUCCCGGCCCAUUUAUACCGCCUUGCCGGCCAUUCCCACAAGUCGUAGCACUCGCACCACAUUCGACCAGGUACGCCAGCGACGACUUUGCGAUGUCGAGGACGCGGGCGAUGUGCUGCAUCAUGCCGUCGAAGCCCUCCGGCGACGCCCGCCGCCGCAGCAGCGCGGCGUGCAUAUGCUGCAUCGGCCCCCACCACCGAGCUUCCGGGGGCAGCGCUCUCGCCCCCGUCGACACGGAUAACAGCAGCGUGCGCACGCCGCUCACCAGCUGCUGCGGCACCGGGGACGCCGUCCGCACGCCGCGCACCCCCAAGACGCCCUCCGCCAGGCGCCUCUGCGGCGUCCGCUCCCGCACCCCUCGCCGGGCGCAGCAGGUCCGCCGAUUCCCUGCGGCUCCAGCGCCGGCGCCCGCGGCACCCGCUGCUCCAGCGCGAGAGGUGGCGCCGGCUGCUCCCGCGAGGACUCCCGUGGCAUCGGCUGGAGCGGCGCUGGCUGUUCCUCCGGUGAAGACUCCCGUGUCAGCUGCUGCGUCGGCUGCAGUGCCGCAAGUUGCUCCUCCUCCUGUGAGGACUCCCGUGGCAGCUGCUGCGUCGACUGGAGCGCCGCUGGUUGCUCCUCCUCCUCCUCCUGCGAGGACUCCCGUGGUAGCUGCUGCGUCGGCUGGAGCGGCGCUGGCUCCUCCUCCCGCGCGGACGCCGCGGACCCCUUCGACGCCGAUCGGGCGGACACAGCGCGUGUGCUGCGUGACCACCGCCGCGCCCGCGCAGGCCGGCAACGCAAAGUCCAAGUCAGGCACCGCGCGGCGCAGCUGGCUCAGCUCCGCCAGCAAGGCGGUGGCGCAGACGCGCCGCGCGGACUCCGGCGCCGUCCGCGAGAGCAGCACCAACCCGCGCGCCAACGGCGACGUCGCCAAGGCGAUCCACAGGGCGGCGCCGCUCGCGCAGGCCGUGGAGCCGGCGCCGGCGAAGGAGGACGAGUCGGUCUGCUCUAACGAGGAGUACGCGCUGCUGUGCCGGGAGGGCUUCUCUCGGGAGGACGUCGCCGCGGUGACCAUCCAGGCCUACUUCCGCGCCCACCUGGCGCGGCGGGCGUUCAAGGCGCUGAGGAGCCUGGUGAGGCUGCAGGCGGUGGCGCGGGGCGCGUACGUGCGGCGGCAGGCGGAGGUGGCGGUGCACUGCAUGCAGGCCAUGGCGCGGCUGCAGGCGCGCGUGCGCUCCAGGCAGACGCUCGCCAAGCCCAAGGACAACGACGACAAGCUCCUGCUGCUGCAGAACUGAUCGACCAACGUCCUACGUGCGCAACAUAAAAUAAACCCGGAAACUGAUCUUGGUGUCUCGAUCGAGCGAGUCAUGUUCAAAUUGGUUCGCGCGAUGUGUUGUUGAAGCCUGCCUGCUGUGGGUUUGUGCUACAUCUGGUGUUCUUUUCAAUUUCGUGGUCUCCUUUAUGUCAUUUUUUGUGGGAGUACUCUCUUCACCUGUGGAACAUGUAGCUCCUGCAUUUUGGAACA